AUGGCAACAGGUUUAGUGCUAAACCGGUUACUUAGUAAAUGUGCAAAACAAAGUGGACUCAGAUGCAUGUCGUAUUAUCCGAUAGAUGAACAUGUAUUUGGCCUUACGAGUGAACAACAACAGCUGCGGAAAGUGGUAUUCGAUUUUGCCCAAAAGGAAUUAGCGCCAAAAGCAGCGGAUAUAGAUAGAAAUAAUAACUUCCCAGAUUUAAGAGACUUCUGGAAGAAACUUGGAGAGUUGGGCGUUCUCGGUAUAACUGCAAGCCCCGAUUAUGGAGGUACAGGAGGAAAGUAUUCGGAUCAUUGUGUUAUUAUGGAAGAACUAUCCAGAGCUUGUGGGAGUAUUGCAUUGUCGUAUGGUGCCCACUCCAACUUAUGUGUCAACCAAAUUAAUAGGAACGGCACACACGAACAAAAGACCAAAUAUUUGCCAAAGUCGCUUUACGUAUGCCUUCAAGUGCACACGGUGGUCAUCAUGUCGUUGGACACGAAAAUUAUGGUGGUAGCGGCAACAUUAGCAGCAACGUUUCAGCCACCACGUAAAAAGCGGAAAAAAGAAGAGAAUGGGCGAGAACACAUGGGUGCUUUGGCGAUGUCCGAGCCGGGAGCCGGCAGUGAUGUCGUUUCAAUGAAAUUAAAGGCUGAGAAAAAAGGUGACUACUACGUGCUCAACGGAAAUAAAUUCUGGAUAACAAACGGAUCCGAUGCGGACGUUUUAGUGGUCUACGCAAAAACAGACACGACAAGCAAACCACAGCACGGAAUAACAGCAUUCUUGAUAGAAAAAGGUUUUCCCGGAUUCACGACUGCACAGAAACUAGACAAACUCGGCAUGAGAGGAUCAAAUACAUGCGAAUUGGUGUUCGAAGAUUGCAAGGUGCCAGCAACGAAUAUCCUCGGUGAAGAAAACAAAGGUGUCUACGUGCUGAUGUCUGGAUUAGACUUGGAGCGUCUGGUGCUGGCUGCAGGCCCAGUAGGACUGAUGCAAGCGUCCAUAGACAUGGCAUUCCAGUACGCACACACAAGGAAACAGUUCGGAAAAGCUAUUGGGGAGUUCCAAUUAUUACAGGGUAAAAUGGCAGAUAUGUACACGACAUUGAGUGCAUGCCGAAGCUACCUUUACAACGUUGCAAAGGCGUGCGAUGAAGGUCACGUGAACAGUAAAGAUUGUGCGGGAGUGAUACUUUACUGCGCAGAAAAAGCGACGCAAGUUGCCUUAGAUGCCAUACAAAUACUUGGUGGAAAUGGUUACAUUAAUGAGUACCCAACGGGCAGAAUAUUAAGAGAUGCUAAACUCUAUGAAAUUGGUGCUGGCACAUCAGAAGUCAGACGGAUGCUUAUAGGAAGAGCACUCAAUAGUGAAUAUAAAUAAAUAGUUUACCUACUAAUAGAAGUAAAUAGAAAAUUAUAUAUUUGUUUUCGUUGAAAAUA